AUGGUGUGCGUUGACGACAAGUCCGAGAGAAAAGCCCUCGGAGACCUAAAACUCAUGGCGUCCACUUUGCAGAGGAAAUGCGCGUCACAGGUCAAUUUAGUCCUCGCGUCGUCCUUCUCGUGCGCAGUGUUCGUCAUUUUAAUCUCGUCACUUCUGCUCUUCAGGAACCGCUGGCGGUUGUACUACAUCAAAAACCUGGUCAUCACCAGAUGGUACGGGUACAAGCCGGGCGACCAGCACAAGACGGGGAAAUUUACGUUCGACGCGUACGUCCUCUACUCCAAACUCGACAGACACUUCGUCCUGAGGGACUGUCUGGCGGAGCUGGAAGAGAAACGCGGUCACAAAUUGUGCAUAGAGGACAGGGACUUUCUUGUCGGCUCGUUCCUUCCAUGCAACAUCACAAGCGCCAUACAGAACAGCCAUCUGACGCUGGCCAUCAUCUCUCCAGACUUCUGGGACUGUGAGUGGACAGAGUAUGGCACUCACAUGUCCAUCAUGGAAUCGUUAUACAGCAAACGUCAGAUUCUUCAUCUUCUACUGUACAAACCGUUUCCCGUGGAAGAAAUGCCACGGGAUCUGAUCAAAGUUCACAAAGACAACCGCUUUAUUGAAUACCCACCCAGGGAGUCCAUCGAUG